UGACCAAUUCUGCACAGUAAUAUGUGCUUAUUUAAUUCGUAUCAUCUGUGCUGGGGUUAGCUUGUGUUAUUUUUUCGUUAGACAGCGGUUUAUCGUGCUAAACGAUAAGCUAACUGGCUCUGUGCUAAUGCCAGCGCAGCAGCUAGUAACGUUAAACACACUGUCUCUGUUCUCCGGGACUUUACUGGUCAAUGCAGGGGCUGUGCUGAAUUUCAAGCUUAAAAGGAAGGAGUCACAGGGAUUUGGAGAUGAGUCCAGAGCACCAACGACAGGUGACAACAUCAGAGAGUUUCUUCUCAGUUUACGAUACUUCCGGAUCUUCAUUGCUCUGUGGAACGUCUUCAUCAUGUUCUGCAUGAUCCUAUUAUUUGGAUCAUGAUCAGCGUUUGCAGCGGCUGGACUUCCACCAGGAUGCUACUUUUCAAGACAGAUGCUAUAAACAUCUUCUUGAUGGGAUUUUUUCCUUUGGGCCUUUUAAUUUGAGUUAUCCUCCAUUUUAAUUACAACUCAAAAAUCUACGUAAAUAUGCGUCUGGUUGUACAGGAAUUUAUGCAAGGCAUAUUUAUUUUCUCUUCCAGAACUUGUUAGAUUUUUAUCUUCUGAGCUGUAACUGUUAGUGGGUGGGCUGUAUUAGGCAGCAAGUAAGCAUUUUGUCCUCAAAGUUGAUGUGUUAGAAACAGGAAAAAAUGGGCAAGCGUAAGGAUUUGAGUGAGUAUAACAAGGGCCAAAUUGUGAUGGCUAGACGACUGGGUCAGAGCAUCUCCCAAACUGCAGCUCUUGUGGGGUGUUCCAGGUCUGCAGUGGUCAGCGUCUUUCAAAAAUGGUCCAAGGAAGGAACAGUGGUGAACCGGCGACAGGGCCAUGGGCGGCCACGACUCAUUGAUGCACGUGGAGAGCGAAGGCUGGCCCGUGUGGUCCAAUCCAACAGACGAGCUACUGUUGCUCAGAUUGCUAAAGAAGUUAAUGCUGGUUCUGAGAGAAAGGUGUCAGAAUACACAGUGCAUCGCAGUUUGUUGCGUAUGGGGUUGCAUAAACGCAGACCAGUCAGUCAAGUUGUCCAUGCUGACCCUUGGGAACUGCUGAAAGUGCCAGCAAUGGACAUGUGAGCAUCAGGACCUCCUAAAACACAUGAAUGAUGUUAAAUCUGUGGACAUCUCUGGUUUCUUUAAGUGCUGUGGGGUUGUGUUUGGUGCUUCUUUAGUCUUCGCUGAGGGUCCAAUUGAAACCAAAAUGGGCAGACAGUGAGUGAAACUUCAUGUCACUGAACUUGGAUCUUGGACAAAAAUGCUGUCAGAUGAUGCAGAAAUGUACAGGUUGAAGUCGCACUAAUAACAAACCUGCUUUAAUAAUUAGUAACCCUGUUUUAUGUAUGUUAAAAAUUCUUUGCAUUUUAUUUGAUCUGUUUUUAAUUGUAACCCCUUGAUGCCCAUUGUCGUGAAUUUCCAACAUACCACUUUCAUUCAAACAGCAGCCAAUGUAGCGCAUCCAUUCCCCCAAUGCUGGUUUGUGCAUAUUCAAUACGUAUCUCGGAACCUUUUAAAAGCACUGUUUUCUUAUAGGGCCGGCCGGAGUGUUACUAUUGUUACAUAUCUAUGUGUCUAUGAUCUUUGUGUAAUAGAUGAAUUAACAUGCUCCACUUAUUUUAGCAUCAGCUGGAAAGCCAAAACACACAUUUUUUUAAAUUUAAUUGUAAAUAAAUUCAGGUGUAAGGGGAUUAAUUGUCAGGACCAGAACACCGACCUCUGCCUCCACUAGAGGGACUCAAAGCCACAUAAUAGAAAACCUGCUUCUCUACAGUCACAUUUGCAUGGAAGAACUGUGCAAAUACAGUCUAUUUGUCAUUUAUCUAAAAUGGCUCUGCCACCUUUUGAUCUUUGGUUUGAGCUUUUGCCUCAGUGAAGGUGUAAUCGAAUGAAUAUGAAGCGAAAUUAAAAUUCUGCACCCUGCCCAGAGGUGGUUUUAGGAUCUGACACACUGUGGGCUCAGAUCAGCCCACAGAUGGAUUCUACCCUCCUGAUUGCACCAUUUUAGAUUAUUUUAGAGUAAAAUGAAUAUGAAAUGUGAGGCACUGUGCUGCAAGCAAACUAGGGUCAGCCAACUUCCCUCUAAAUUCAGUCCAUCUUCCAUAUUUAUAUCACACUGAGCACAGGGUAAACCAGUGAAACUGUGAGCUUAAGACAUAUGUAUGAUGAUUUGCAGCUGUAAUCGCGUGUAAAGGUGUGAUUCAUGACAAAAACCCUAAAGUAGACCAGAGCUGCCAACUUAUAGCCAACAGCUGGAGUGAGAUUGGUAUAUCUUGUAGGCUAUUUGUACUGUUAGUAAUUUUUAAUGAUCAUUUUGUUUAUUACUAGUCCAAAGUAGGAGUUGUGUUGGUGAAUGUUCUUUAUUUCCACAGGUGUCUCCCGUUGUAGAUGUCAGUAUCAUCUUAAAAGUCUCUCCUUUAUAUAAAUGUGUUUUUGUAGUUGUCUUUCUGGUCCUGUCUCUUUGCCAUUUUAUCAAUUGUUUCAUUUUUAUUGUUGGUUUUAACUUUUAUUGUACUUGGCUUCUGCCUAUCCCUUUAAUGUUCAUAAAAAAAUAUCACUUUUUGUCAUGGCAUUUUUCUGUAUUUAUGUAAAAGAGGACAUUACUGUAGAAACAUUCUGCUGCUGCAGUUAAAUUCUUCCUGAAACAUUCUGGGCUAGGAUGGACACUCAGGACGAAUGACUACACCAAUCUUGCCUGGUUAAAAUAAUUCUUUCUCGAUUGUUUCUCUGUGAAAAAAACAAAGACAACUAAUGUUUUUUUGUUUUGUUCUGUACUGUCACCCAUGUCUUCUUAGAAUUUUAUUGUCAAAUGGAAAAACCAAAGGAAAAGCAUUCACUUUUCGACAUUAAAAUUUUCAUAAAUUGUG